UAAAUAUAUAAGAGAUGGAAAUAUUAAAGAGAGGGUUUUAAUUAUUGGUAUCGAUUCAUAGUAAAUUAAUACAUAAAUAUUACCAACAUAUAUACAGAAAGAGAAAAUUAAAAACAUUUUUAAUGGGAGUAGGUAGAUAUAAAGAUGUAUAAAAAUAAAAGGAUCUUUGUAUUUGUUAAGGAGAUUAUCAUAAUUGGCUAUGGCAUUGACACCUUCAAUAAGAAGAAGAAAUCUAAUUGGAAGAUAUGGAGAAGAAUCUUGGGCAGUAAUAACAGGAGGCUCAGAUGGAAUAGGAAAAGAAUUUUGUAUUUAAUUAGCUAAAUAGAAAUUUAAUAUUGCAUUAAUAAGUAGAAAUGCUAAAAAAAUGGAUUAAAUUUGUUUGGAAUUAUAGAAUUAUGGAGUUCAAACUAAAUAUAUAGUUGCUGAUUUUAAUAAUGGAUAUACGGAAGAUUUUUAUAAUUAAAUCUAUAAAUAACUUGAAUAUUUGGAUAUUUCAAUAUUAGUAAAUAAUGUUGGAACAGGAGAGGCUGGAUAAUUUGAAUAAUAAAAAAUGGAAGAUUCAUUUAUGAUGUUGAGAGUAAAUGCAUUAUCAACACUUAUGAUGACUAGAAUUCUAAUUAAUAAAUUAUAAAAUAGAAAUAAGAAAUCUGCUGUAAUUACAAUAUCUUCUGGAUUAGCAUAUUUACCUAGUCCAUUUGUUAGUGUUUAUAGUGGAACUAAAGCAUUUACCAAUUAUUUUACAUAAUCUUUAGCUUUAACUUCUAAAAAUAUAGACUUUUUAAGUGUUACACCUUUAGGAGUUAGUACAGCAAUGAUAAAUUAUAAAAAAGGAGUUAAUACCAUUGAAACUAAAGAAUUAGUUUUAAAUGUGAUUAAUGAUUUAAGAUAAGGUAAAACACAUAGUUUUGGAUGUUAUAAACAUAAAAGAAUCAUUAAUCAUUUAUUAUGGAGAAAUCAAAAUUAUAGAAACAAAAUAAAAAUAUAAAUGGGUAUUGGUUUGAGAAAUACACAUCUAUCAAAAAUUAGAUAAGAUGAAUAAUAAAAAUGAG